GUUAUCCCAGCCGAUAAGCUCCCCGCCAAGCCCUGUUGUCCAACGUCGUCACGUCGCAUCAGUAAUCCAUGUGUGCAUCAGCUGGAUUUCCCUUCCCCAUUCUCAAUACCUGCUUUCUGCCUCCAUGGAUCCAGGGUUAUCGACUGGCUACAGCUCCCAGCAGCUUACACUGACAGCCAGGCCAGGACACGCAGGACACGCAGGACAUGCAUCGGAUCCAGCCCGCCCACCACUGCACGGCUUUAUUCCUGAGUCGUUAAAAAGUCAAGUCCAGUCCAGUCCAUACAUCCACAGAGCUUGCCGCAUGUAGACCCCCAAGCUUGGUUCAGGUUCAUCUCUUAGUAUUCAUCAUUGCUUCUUCUGCUUUCCUUUUUGUCCAUGUCCAAUUACAUCCAUCCUAAUGAUCUUGAGGACUUUUCCUCCUCGUCGUUUGGCCUUUUCUCUGCAAGAUGCCGCCUUUCUCCUUCCUCAAGAGCUCCAGAAGAGAGAGCCAGCAGAUAGACCGAAAUGACAGCGACGUCAAUCUCACUCGCGAUGCUCCGGAGAAGGUGCAACGGAGGCAAUCCAAGCGCGAGUACUUUCGCAGCCUCCUCAGGAUAUCGUCGGAAUCUAGAACGAAUCGUCGAAGGAGCGGUCAAUUGCCGAAUUCCAAUAGUCUCCAAUCCCCUUCGAAGACACCCGAGCAACCUACCUCCCCAAUGAACAAGCCAUUGCCACCCCCACCUCCCCCAGGGAGCGAGACAGAACCACCGCCCGUCAAAGCUCCCGUGAAGAUGGAAAGAAUUAUGUCUCCCAUCGCCUUGAACGAUUUGCACAAGCUAUUCUCAGGAGCUCCGCAAUUCUUUGCACGAUCGGAGGGGCAUCAUACCGGCGCACCACACCCGUCAGUGGUUUUUCCAUGGAACACAGACCUAGAGAUAAGGGAUUUGUCGGACCAUAUCCAAAUAUCGGAUGAAGCUUGGGGUUGCGUUACGGCAUGGCCACACAUCACCGUCCAAGUGAGCAGGAACGCGGAAGCUACCAAGGAGCACCAUGAAAAAUGCAGAGCACAUUUCCUUCCAAGGUGUCGAGAACGGCCAAACAUGCUUAGCAUGCAAGGAAUCGAACGAGGGACAAUGGGAUACGCGGCUGCUUUGGAGUUGGGAGUUGCUGAUGCACUAGAGAUACCAAACGAACAUCCAGACGGCGGCCCCGAGGUUAUUUCCGAGCAUCGAAGAAAGUUCCUUAAUGGCAAAGAUGGACUCAGGCCUAUUACCGACUCGACACUAAUCGAUCGACUAUUGGCUGUCAGUGAAGUCAAUCAUGAGGAUCCUUUGAAGCAUCAACGAUCGACUGUCCAGCUUUAUACAGAACUCUUCACCCAAAUUCUGUUCCCUCCUUCUCGAGUGACAGAUUCUGAUGACCCUUACAGUCUUCAAGUACAAAUCGAGGCCUUAAUUGAAGUCCUUGCUGCUCCUUUAGUCUGGGUAGACUUCACGUUGGUCGAAUGGAGAAUUCGUCUUGGUCAGAUACUGUGGGGUACAUCAGCGGAUCCAGGAGGAGACGAUGAAAUAGCUAUCAACAACGAAGUCAUACACGAACCGGGAACUCAGAAGUACUGGUUGUUACUACAGAUAUUACUAUCUUGUGAAUUAUUAGUUCGACUCGACGCAAUAUCUGUGAACAUUGAUCAUGGCUUAGAACUUGCGAAACUCAGUGAGAUGCAGAGAUUCGACAAGAGUGCCACGACCAGUGUAAGAUGGUCAUUACUACUUGCAAGAGCCUGGCUUGAGAAUAUCCGUCUCGAAAAGCCAGAUUCAGAAGCUGUUCCAGAGGCCAAACCGGCUGGUUGGUUAGCAACUUUGACAGGUACAGCGCAUUCUGAAGUUACUACUAGGGAUGGACUAGCAGGUCUUCGCUUUCAUGGCAGACAUCAGGCUCGUCAAUUGUCCGGUCUUCUCCACUUUGCGAACAAAAUGGCAUGGCCAGGUCUUGACGAUCUUACCGCGAAAGUAUCUUCAAAUGGAAUCAAGAUCGCCGAUAGCGUACAUGGCACCCCAAUCGGAACACCUUUGUCCAUGUCAACAAAUCGAUCCUCGUCUUACUUUUCAAGCAGGAGACUAGGGGUCCGACGAGGGUUAUCCAUGCACAAGAACAUCUCUGCCAUCAUUCAUCCUGCUGGUUGGCUUUCAAAUUCGUACAUCAGUGGCCUGAUAUUACCAGGAGAAGGACUGAGCCAUUUUCUGAUUUCAACUUUAUUAGAGCAUGAUACCAGUGCUGUCUCCCGACUUGGUGAGGAAGCGAAUCUGUAUGGAGGCUUCAUCUAUUCAGAGAAAAGCUUCUGGAGUACAGCUUGCAUUGUUGGGAGAGUUUUGGCUGCCAGAAAAGGUGCUACAGAGAGCAUGGGUUGGGUGUCUACAGAUGUCGUUCCUCGAAACGUCAGUGAAGGUUGGGUGGACAUCGAUAUUGAUACAGAGCUUCAUGAUGAUCCGGACAAGAAAGGAACCAAACCUCGACUCUGGCAGAAGACAGCCAUUGAGCGAGACGGCAACGUAAUAGGAGGAGCAGAUAUAUCUUCUGUUCUACCAGGCGAUUUUGUCUUACCCUCAGAUGAAUCGAUACAACAGCCUCUUAUCGUCACACUCGAGUCUCUAGACCUUUUCGCCAUGGUAGACUCGGUCCACGACACACCAACCGAAGAACAACUGCCAACGCCAUUCUCAGAGGCAAGUGACAUGCCAGCCAUCCGCACCUACUCAGCAGCAAUGCGCUUCAUGGUCUCCACCACCGACGAAGAAAAGAAAGAAGUCAACAUCUCCCUAACCCACGAUGUCCACUUCGUCACAGCCUACCCCUGCGUCUCAUCCCCGCACACGUCGAUCCUCAAAUCCCCCACCAGUCCAUCCUUCCAAGCCGCCGAACAACCCACCCCGGACGCACUACCAAAAGGCCACCCCCUCCACAAAGCCUUCACAUACACCAAAAUCCCGCUCUCCGCCCUUCUCUCCACCUCCCCCACAACCCCCUUCUCAUCCCUCCUUUCCUCCCCACCAACAACCCCCUCCUCCACCUCCGUCUUCCACUCCUCAACCCACACAACCUCGUCCUCCAUCCCGAAAGUCCUGGUAAUAGAUUGCACCGACUCGACCAUGGACUUAUCCUCCUUCCCGCAACGACCAAUGCCGAGCCCGCACGCGAAACGAAAGGCAUUCGGAAGCGAUUUAGAGAUGUUGGCGAGAGCGGUUUGUGCGGAGAGGGGGUGGAAUGCGUUGGUGUUGAGGAGGGGGAGGGGGUGUUUGGCUUGUGCGGUUAGGGAGGCGGGGGCGUUGGGGUGGAGGGUUGUUGUUUGUGUUGCUUGA